UGCUGAGGAGAGUAGAGGACGUCCCGGCUCAACGGACGGACCAGACGGAGAUUUGGGGGGAGUCCUCAGGGGGAGACAAAGACAGAGGGUCCACUGGAUCAGGAAGUAAAUCCUUCAACCUGUCCCUGAACAUGCGUCCUCUUACUGAAUGAUCCUCACUUUGACAUCUGUUGGGGUCCACACUACCCCACAUUCUCCUCCACCUCCAGAUGCCCUCUCGCUGCAGGAAUGCGCUGAACAUCGUGGUCACCACCCUUUUUGCUGCGGUGGUCCUCUUCACCAUUCUGCUGGCCUAUGUCACAGGCUACCAGUUCAUCCACACUGAGCAGCACCACCUCUCCUUUGGCCUCUAUGGUGCCUUCCUUUCCCUCCAUCUCCUCCUCCAGAGCCUUUUCGCCUUCCUGGAGCAUCGGCGGAUGAGGAGCCCCUCAAGGCCACAGCACCUCCGACGCUCCGUGGCUCUCUGCAUUGCUGCCUACCAGGAGGACCCGGACUACCUGAGGAAGUGCCUGCGCAGUGUUCGCCGAAUCUCCUUCCCUGGGCUGAAGGUUGUGCUGGUGGUGGAUGGUAACCGGCCAGAGGAUCACUACAUGGUUGACAUUUUUCAGGAGGUGAUGGGCGGGGCUGACCAGGCUGGCAGUAUGGUGUGGAAGGGAAACUACCACAGUGAUGGGAGUGGAGGAGGAGUCGGAGGUGGAGGGAGGAGCACAGUGCACAUGGAGGAGGCAGCACGAGUGGCUCGGCUGGCCAGAGGCUGCCGCUACUCCUGUAUCAUGCAGGAGUGGGGAGGGAAAAGAGAGGUGAUGUACACUGCCUUUAAAGCACUGGGGGACAGUGUGGAUUAUGUGCAGGUGUGUGACUCAGACACAGUUCUAGACCCAGCAUGUACCAUAGAAAUGCUGAAGAUCCUUGAGGAAGAUCCAAUGGUGGGAGGGGUCGGUGGAGACGUGCAGAUCCUUAACAAGUACGACUCCUGGAUCUCCUUCCUCAGCAGCGUACGCUACUGGAUGGCCUUCAACAUCGAGCGGGCCUGCCAGUCCUACUUUGGGUGCGUCCAGUGUAUCAGUGGCCCUCUGGGGAUGUAUAGGAACUCUUUGCUCCAGCGCUUCCUGGAGCCCUGGUACCACCAGACCUUCCUAGGCUCCAAGUGCAGCUUCGGUGAUGACCGCCACCUCACCAAUCGGGUGCUCAGCUUCGGCUACAAGACAAAAUUCACAGCGCGAUCGCAAUGCCAGACUGAGACACCGACCCAGUAUCUGCGUUGGCUAAACCAGCAGACUCGAUGGAGCAAGUCUUAUUUCCGUGAGUGGUUGUAUAAUGCCCUGUGGUUCCACAAGCACAGCCUCUGGAUGACCUAUGAGUCCGUGGUCACUGGCUUCUUCCCUUUCUUCUUGGUUGCCACCGUCAUCCAUCUCUUCUACCGUGGAAGGCUGUGGAACAUCCUGCUCUUCUUAUUAACAGUCCAACUGGUUGGGAUGGUGAAGGCCACCUACGCCUGUUUCCUGCGUGGCAGCCUGGUGAUGAUCUUCAUGUCACUGUACUCUCUGCUCUACAUGUCCAGCUUGCUCCCUGCCAAGAUAUUUGCCCUGCUCACCAUCAACAAGGCUGGAUGGGGCACUUCAGGCCGCAGGAAGAUUGUGGUGAACUUCAUUGGUGCUGUGCCUGUCACAGUGUGGGCUAUGGUGCUGCUCGGGGGUGUGGUGUAUACAAUCUACUGUGAAACACAGGAGCCAUUUAGUGAGACAGAGAAAGUCUUGUUGAUAGCAGGGACAAUACUUUACGCCUGCUACUGGCUCAUUCUGCUGGUGCUCUACCUGGCAAUCGUAGCCAAACGGUGUAACAAGAGGGAAGAGCAGUAUCACUUGCCAUAUGCGGAAGCAUAACCCUGCUUCCAGGGAGACUGGUAGGACAUUCACACCGAGUUUGACAGCAGUGUGACUCUAGCAAUGUCUCUGAACCUGUGAAAUGCUAAAGUGAUGAGCUGUGAAUCACAAAGACUUUCAUCUUCAUCAUUGGUGCUAAAAAGGUGUGAAUCUGAAAUCUGAGCAGCAGGAAUCUAAUCCAGUUAGGGGAGACUCAGUGAUGAGUAGAUCCACAGAGCUUGCCAAUUUAUAUCAUGCUUAACGGUGCUUCACAUUGAAAAACCAAACCAAACGAACUGAUCCAGUGUUCACACACUAAGUAACGACGUGCUCAGAAGAACAUUAGUGUAUGGGAACAGGUUAGCUGUAAACUGUGACAAAUGGGUGCAGUGCAGUGCUUUUAAUGAAUAUAAAGUAGGAAAAGGGACAAAAUGAGACUUAGAGACAUAGGUCUUGUUUAUUAGUUGGUCAGUUUUUCGGGUCCCUCAUUUUGAUAGAGAUGAGAUGGGGUCAAAUGCGACAGACCUGAACGUCUAUAAUAAAUAAUAGAUAAAAUAGCAAGGCAAUUCUCUCAAGUCUAAGCACCUCUAUACCAGAAAAGAAGAGGGGACCUUAGAUGCAUUUAGUCACAAGAGUGUGUCUCAAAGGUGUUCAGACAGAACGCAAAGCAAAUUUUAGAAGUGGUGCAAUUGCCAGAGUCAAUUGAAAGAACUGACUGGGCAUGAUAGAUGCUCUAUGUGGCACAAAAUACAUCUGAGAAAGUUUCAAAUGUUUAAACGUGAGUGUGAUGAAGUGUGAUAUUUAGAAUAUUUUCCAACAUGGAACUGACCUGAAGGUGAAACUUAUCUAUACUGUUUUUGUCAACGGAGGCCAAUGGCUUUGAAGAGAACAUAGAUAACUUUAACUUUCAGGUCUGAUGGCAAGAUAAGGUGGUCAAAUUAUUUUGUUAAGGUGAGCCUUUCUUUUAGGUGGCUAAAAUACAUGUUGCUGCUGCCGCUGUCCACAGCAGUAUAUUACUUUGCUCUUGUGUCAAUACUCCUGGCCGUUUCUCCAAACUGGGGGCAGGCCGACAGCCAUUGACAGUAGGUAGACCUGAUACAUUGACUAUGGAUAAGUACCUCUUAGAACCCCAUUUCAAAACACACGAACCAUCUCUUUUACUGUUUGUGAACAAUAAACAUAGACUGUUUAUGUGAAGACUCGGUUUGUGUUCUGCCUCAACACAUCAUAAAGCAUAGGUUAGUCUAUCUUAGUACAAUACUCACAUACCAUAUAGACAUCUUUCAAAGAGUUGUUGGUUGCGGUAAUCAUCCAGUGGCUGUGAAGUAAUAUCUCUUCAAAGAUUUACCUUUUCAAAACCUAUACUGUUACAUAGAGCACGUCCACACUACUCCGUUUCCAUUUUAAAUGCACAUGUUUUGCUACGUUUACACUGAGCGUCUACACUACGCCGGCGUUUUCGAGCGCCGAAAACGGAGGAGUUUGAAAACUCCGGGUUGCGUUUUCGUGUGGGUGGUCGGAAACAGAUAAGUUUAGAAACGAUGACGCCCACACCCGCGUUCACUACUUGAUUGGUUCUUAGCAGUCAUGACGUGU